AAGGUCCUGAACGUGGUGAUGCCAAAUGGUUGCUCUGGUGGCUUCUGUGAUACAGAGUUGUCACCACCUUGGACUAUGUCAGGCUCGCCACCCUACCCAGCUCGGCUGACCUGAGUGUGUCUUCUGCCUGUCAGGAUUCCCAUCCCAGACAGGUCAUUCCUCACUGAGAAGGUCCUUUGAGAGGAAGGGGACCUUUGGAAGCCUGUUGGGGCUCCACCACUCACUCCAGGUCCUUGGCACACAGGAGCCUUCAGGCAUUAUCUCCUGAGUCCUGGAGGCGGCACCAACUUCUUGGUGACAGCCAACCCGUGACUGCCUGGUGCAGACUCAGCAGCGAGGAGCAGCGUGUUGUCCUGUGUAGUCCUGGCCCAGGGCCAAGAAGGAGCAGCUAGGCUGCAGCUCCGCCUCUCUUCCUGCCUUCUCCCUGCUCCUCCUCCUGCCGGGGUGGCGCAGGAAGCUGAUUACUGGCCUAGUACUGCCCAGCCUGGGGCAGAAAUGGCUGCAAGUGGCCGAGAUCUCAGCAGAGCUGUGGGUGCCUCUCUCUGCCCUGUCUGGAGACAAGCUCAGUCAGAAGCCAGGGGACGCCUGAAGCCUGAGUACGAUGCGGUGGUCAUAGGAGCAGGACACAACGGGCUGGUGGCAGCAGCAUACCUGCAGAGACUGGGCAUGAACACAGUGGUCUUCGAGAGGCGCCAUGUGAUCGGGGGUGCAGCUGUCACUGAGGAGAUUGUCCCAGGGUUUAAAUUCUCCCGAGCAUCCUACCUUCUCAGCCUGCUGAGGCCACAGAUUUACACCGACCUGGAGCUAAAGAAACAUGGGCUGAGGCUUUAUCUUCGAAACCCCCACUCCUUCACCCCCAUACUGGAAGAGCGCGCAGGGGGCAAGGUGCCCAGGUCCCUUCUGCUGGGCACAGACAUGGUGGAAAACCAGAAGCAGAUCGCCCAGUUCUCACAGAAGGAUGCCCAGGCUUUUCCCAGAUAUGAGAAGUUCAUGAGCCGCCUGGUGUUAGCCAUUGAACCUCUGCUGGAUGCAGCCCCAGUGGACGUGGUGGCCUUCCGGCGUGGCUCCCUGCUGCAAAGGCUCAAGGCACUGUCCACCCUCAGACCCCUGCUGAAGGCAGGCUACAUUCUGGGAGCCCAGCUGCCCCAGUAUUACCAGGUCCUCACAGCUCCGAUUACCAAGGUGUUGGAUCAGUGGUUUGAGUCUGAGCCUCUAAAAGCCACUCUAGCAACAGACGCUGUGAUUGGAGCCAUGACAAGUCCCUAUACUCCGGGGAGUGGGUAUGUGCUGCUGCAUCAUGUGAUGGGGAGCCUGGAGGGGAUGCAGGGGGCCUGGGGCUACGUCCAGGGUGGUAUGGGUGCCCUGUCUGAUGCCAUCGCAAGUUCAGCUACUGCUCAUGGAGCAAGUAUCUUCACUGACAAGACAGUGGUGAAGGUGCAGGUGAACAGCGAAGGGUGUGUUCAAGGAGUCGUGCUCCAAGAUGGCACGGAGGUGAGGAGCAAAGUGGUGCUAUCCAACGCUGCGCCGCAGGCCACCUUCCUGGAGCUGGUGCCACAGGAGUGGCUUCCUGAGGAGUUCGUGGAGAGAAUCUCUCAGGUGGACACCCAGUCUCCUGUUACCAAGAUCAAUGUGGCUGUAGACAGGCUGCCCAACUUCCUGGCAGUCCCCAAUGCUCCUGGGGGCCAGCCACUGCCCCACCACCAGUGCUCCAUCCACCUGAACUGUGAAGACACCCUCCUCCUCCAUCAGGCCUUCGAAGACGCCAUGCAUGGUCAGCCGUCUCAGUGGCCCAUGAUUGAGCUCUGUAUUCCUUCCUCGCUGGACCCCACCCUGGCUCCCCCCGGCUGCCACGUUGUCUCCCUCUUCACCCAGUACACACCCUACAUGCUGGGUGGAGGCAAGGUCUGGGACGAGCAGGAGAGAAACGCUUAUGCAGACAAAGUGUUUGGCUGCAUCGAGGCCUACGCUCCUGGCUUCAAGGGCUCUGUGGUGGGCAGAGACAUCCUCACACCACCUGAUCUGGAGAGAAUCUUUGGGCUCCCUGGAGGGAACAUAUUCCAUGGUGCCAUGUCCCUGGACCAACUCUUCUUCGCCCGCCCUGUGCCCCUGCACUCCAGCUACCGCUGCCCACUCCGGGGCCUGUAUCUCUGUGGAAGUGGGGCCCAUCCUGGAGGAGGUGUCAUGGGAGCCGCUGGACGAAAUGCAGCCCACGUGGUCUUUCAGGACCUCAAGAGCAUGGGAUCCUGAACCAACUCUGACCCAUCAAGAAGAAUUCACCCCUGAGCUUCUAAGUUCCCCACUGGGUCAGCUUCACAGGAAGAUCUGCUGCAAAGGACAUUACUUGAUACAAGAAGUCCUCAAGGUUCAAGCCAUUAUUUUAGAAGAAACGUGCAAGUUACAUUUAGUAUAAGUUAGCCUUGUGCUCCACGCCUCUGUGAAUGAGCCGGUUUUGUUUGAUUAAAAACAGUAUUUUAUACAGACA